AUGAGCGAUCAAGUUGUUAUGCAUCCACAGUUAAAUCCUCCCAAUUUUGAACGAUCGUUAUCAGAUUCUGAUUCAGAAGGAGAGAAUGGAGUACAAAAUUCAAAUGGAGCGCCUGUUGCCCCCGUAGACGACGGAGAAGACGGACCACAAACUGUUCGAGUUGCCCGCCCAGUGCCUCCUAUUGAAUAUGGCCCACAACCGCCUCUAGUCAGCACCAAAGAGCUCAUGAACCUUGCUUUUCGGCCAGCAGCACUGAAUACACGAGUCGCAUGUCGUAUCUGUCGCUAUCGGGACGGGCUCGAUAAAAUAUACCCACAAUACCAGCUCUUGAUUGAGCAUAUUCGAACAGGCGAAGUACAGCAUGUAAUGACUGCACGCAAGAAGCGCAAGAGUCAGACCAGCUACUACACUAUAUCUGGCGUUGUUCACGAUUCACAUGAACCUGCUGAGAGAUUAGUAGAACUAGGAAAAGUUCGGUCGAAUUUCUUGGGAACGACGUUUGUUAUUUACUCGCAUGGUCGCAAUCCUAUGAAGAAGGAUAUCGACGCUAGCAAAAGCGAGUUACCUAUACGGGAAGAAAUGGGCGCUGUUCUUUAUGAUCCUAAUAUUCUCGGGUUCAAAGGACCCCGCAAAAUGACCAUACUAAUGCACACUCUCACAAGAGAUGGUAAACGGCCCGAAUUCCGACCAGCAUCGGAGUCGGAAACUCUCCUAAGCAAGUAUCGUGAAGGCGGGUCACGCGAUCUGCUGGUCUUGCAUAACAAAAGCCCACAAUGGAAUGAAGAAACGCAAUCGUUUGUAUUGAACUUUAGUGGAAGAGUGACUCAAGCAUCAGUCAAGAACUUUCAGAUUGUCCAUGACAACGACUUGGAUUAUAUCGUAAUGCAGUUUGGUAGAGUCGGACCUGAUCACUUUACGAUGGAUUACAAGUAUCCGAUCUGCCUUUUCCAAGCAUUUGCUAUUGCACUUACCUCCUUUGAUGCAAAGCUCGCAUGUGAAUAG